AUGCCCUAUGGUCCUGGGUCCUGGGGCUGGGGGCCGCCUGGCGCUUUGGCCCCAUGCCCCAUGAAAUGGUGCUCAUUAAUCAGUAAUCACGCGUACACAGAAACAGCGCCACAUGGCACAGGCCCACAGCCCUGUGCGGAGGAGAUGAGCCCACAGCCACGGCCCACAAGGCACAGGCCACAGCUACAUAGGGCCACACAGGGCAGUGAGGGCACAGUGAGUUUGGUCGCCUCUUCAUCAUCUCUUGUGUGGGGACUGGUUUGUCUGGACUCUGACUAGAGUCUAGAGAGAGCCUCCUGAA